GGAUGUCUGGGAGCUCUGGCGCCGGGACUUGCACCACGAUAACAUUCCACACCGAGAGUGGACAUUCGGAUUAUUCCAUGAAGACACCUAGGAGUUUAAACGGUCUAACUGAGGGGAUAAUUUAAAUUAGUCAUUGACAUAUGUCUGGUCUAGAAGUCAUUUGCUUCAUAAUAAUAAUAAUUUGCCGGUUUUGCCUGCAGUUGCAGAAGUCUGCUCGUCGUUGGUCGUCUGUCUCAUUUGGCUGCUGUAGAUAGCUAAAUUAGUUAUUAACGUUAGCUAUCUAGUUAGUUGUUAGAUAGCAUAUCGGUAACAUUAAUUUAAUAAUUUAAUGCACAUUAUAUUUGUGCUUAAAUUUUACAUUUUAAACCUUGAGAGAAAUGUGAGCUCACCUGCUAGUUAGUAAAUCAAAGACUAAAUGUACCUUGUUGUUGCUUCCUGUAUCCAGUGUAAACAUUAUUGUAUCCAAGGAAGACAUAUCGCGAGAUCAGUAUCCCUCCACCUCUGCUUAGAAUAAACUAUUUCUGGUGUAAAUAAAAUGUUCAAUAGUUUAAUUUUGUCCCCUGGAAAAUCCAUGGGAACAUUAGUUCAGCUUCAUAUUUUAGUCUACAGUUUUAUUGUUGUACUAUUAUUAGUGCAUUAACCCGGUUGAAUACAAAGUCAAACCAGAUGUAUUUUCUAUAAUAACCACACAUUAAUAUCUUAUUUUAUACAAAGGAACGAUAACAAAAAGAGAGCAAUGUUAGUUCAUCUUAUCUCAAAGGCAGUUUAAAUAUUGUGUCUAGCUAACGAAUAUCCGUAGCCAUAGUUAUUUAUAUAGGGGAAAACCCCUUCUCAUAAUUUUGACUAUAGUGAGUAGGAGGUUAUAGCUCACAGGCAAUUUACUGGGGGGCGGACCAGAGUCGAAGCACUAAACUGGGUAGUCACGUGUAAACUGAAACAUAACCCCCGUAGAGGCGCAAUAACUUUCCCUCUCUUUGCAAGUUUCAGCUUCGGAUCUGUGCGAAACAGGCUGGGCAAUCAAGAAUAUAGCCUGAAUUGUAGGCUAGAUGCACAUCUGAAAAUGUUAUGAGUAUUUUAUAUUCUUCAACAAUGUGGCAGAAACUGCUAAAUGGCCAUAAACACUAAAGCACAUUUUUUAUUUUUUUAAAUCCUGGACACUGGAACAAACACAAUCUCUUUCGUCUUGUUUUGGAUAUUUUUUUGGUCAUAAAAAUGGUUUCAAAUCAGCACUAUUCGAUGGGGGUUAUGCAUUCCGCGUUGUCUCUACUGUUCUGUGUCCAGUUCGGUCUGUCUUUCUCUGUGGCUGGACAUGAGAACACCUGUGAUGCGAACGGCAGCGUCUACUAUGUGGGAGAAUGGUACUUUCUAGAAUCGGACCACUGCACGCAGUGUGAAUGCACCACAGAGGGGUCGUCUUGUGCACGGACGGAGUGUACCUCUUUGCCGGCCGCUUGCAUCCAUGUCAGCCACUAUCCCACUGACUGCUGUCCAAGAUGUGAAAAAAUAGGCUGCGAGUACCGGGGAGUGGUGUACGAACUGGGACAAAACUUCCAGCCCAACGAAUGCGAGCAGUGUACCUGUGACAGUGAUGGCAUCGCCCGCUGCCUGGUGGCAGACUGCGCUCCCCCGCCCUGCAUCAACCCUAUCUACACCAAAGGGAAGUGCUGCCCAGAGUGCCCAGAGGGGCCCAACUGCUAUGUGGAUUCAACCCGGAGCCAGGUGAUUCCAGGACAUGAACCACUGUGGGUGGACUCCUGCACCAAGUGCCGCUGUCACGACUCAGGUGACGCUGGCUACUGGGAGGGCAACCGCUUGGCCACCUGUUCCCGCGUACGCAACUGCACCCCUGGAGAGACUAGCCAGAAAAACUGAUUAAGUAGGACCAGUCAUUUGCCCCGGUAUAAGGUGAAGUUGCCGCUAGACACUGAUCUUGGGUCAGUUUUGAAUUUACCCCCACUAAUGGUUAAUGUUAAGAUUGGAGGAGGGGAAGCUGAUCCUAGAACUGUACCUAGAGGAAACUUCUCCCCAGAGCGAUUUUCCCCUGAAUGCUUGGUGGUUAUCAGCAGGAGUGUUGGGCUAGUAACUGAAAGAUCACUGGUUCGAAAUACCCAAAAGAACUGGUCGAUGUACCCUUGAGCAAGGCACUUAUCCCUCAUUUUCUCCAUAGGCACCAUACUACUAUGGCUGACCCUGUAAAACAACACAUUUCACUGCACUUAUCCGGUGUAUGUGGCAAUAAAAUAUAUUUUUACAUUUGUACUGACAUGUACUGUAGCAUGUAUCACAAACACUUCUACAGCAGAAAAAUCCAACUGUAACUACUAUGUGAAUGUAUUGUUCGCUCCUAUUCCAAAGAGACUGGAGUUGUUUUGCUGGCAUUAUAUUGCAAUAUUCAUGUUCAUGUAUCAAUCAAUGAACAUGUCAAGAGGCAGUUCACUCUCAAAUCGAAGUUUGUCUGAGGUUUUCAGACUUAAAAAGUGGUCUAAUGUCAAGAUGAGUACACGUCCCACACCAUCUGCUGUCAAGAUCCAACAAUCAGCCUCAAACUCAAAUAUUUCCUAUUCAUUUAAGAUGGAAGCCUUUAUCUGUUAGGGACCAUCUCAUGAAUCUCUUCUUGAUAUUAGACCACUUUUGAGAUCUGAAAACACAUCUGCAUAACUUUGAUUUUGGAGUGAACUAUCUUUUUAACAUUCCUCGCCCAAAACAUUUCCUAAUAUAGCUGAAGGAGGGGGGCAGUUUGACCCAACUGAGCCUGAAGACCUCUGCUUUCGUGUGUGUACUCUAAACAAGGAUUACGCAGGUGAAGUAGCCACAUAUUUCUACACUAGUACAAAUGUUUCAAUGUGGUGUAGAUGAUAGGGACUAUCCUACAUUUUGGGAUGUUAUACUUCUCUAGUAGUGUUAUUGGAAGAUUUUGACCAACUUCGAUGGAUAUUAAUUGAGGUAUACCAUCUCCAUCUUAUUUGAAUUGGUCAUGAAUGGAACAUUAAAUAUAUGCAAAUAAUUGAGAGGCUCUGAAAGCUAAAGGCUAGUGUAAGCAACAUUACAUUUUUUGAAUAAAUGCUAUAGGUUUGUAAACUAUAAGCAACUCACUAUCACAAUGUCCGAGAUUCUGUUCACUUUCUUCCGUUACGGCCGUUCUUAAGGGACCAUUGCAUGAAAACCAUUAAAGACAAGAAACCGUUCAUCUUGUGUAUGUUGUUGUGCAGCAUAUUGGUCUAUGCUGGCAUGGAUAGGAUGCCAAUAUCCAAGCUUUGUCACUUCAGGCAAGGCUCUCAUAACACUUCUCUAGUCGACUCUCCUAAUACCGUGUCUCUUGAUUAUGUUAUUGAAGAUGUUGUAUGUUGUUUAUCUUUUAUCCAUACCUUUAGAAACUCCCUCCAUCUUUCAUUAAAAAAAAACUAUGUAAACUAACA